GAUCCUCCCGGAAGGACGGAAGUGACGCGCACGGCCGCGGCUGGCUCGCCCCUCCCUCCGUCCCUCCCCCCAGCCCUCCCUCCUCCGCUCCUCCUCCUCCGCCGCUUCCUCCUACUCGGUCCGUAGGUCUAUCCGUCCGUCAGUCAGCCGGUCUGAGGCGGAAGGCGCCUGGCAGCCGAUGGCGACUCUGGGCAGGAGGCCUUGUUGACGCUGCCCAGCCUUCGCGGGGCUUCGCCGGCGCCGUCUCGGAUAAACAUGACAUCCUUUCAAGAAGUCCCGUUGUCAAGUACUCUCCAGACUUCCAACUUUGCACACGUCAUCUUUCAAAAUGUGGCCAAGAGUUAUCUUCCGAAUGCCCACCUGGAGUGUCAUUACACUUUGACCCAGUAUAUCCAUCCACACCCAAAAGAUUGGGUUGGCAUUUUUAAGGUUGGUUGGAGUACAGCUCGAGAUUAUUAUACAUUUUUAUGGUCCCCAAUGCCUGAACAUUAUGUGGAAGGAUCAACAGUCAAUUGUUCAUUGUCCUUUCAAGGGUAUUACCUUCCAAAUGAUGAUGGAGAAUUUUAUCAGUUCUGUUAUGUUACCCAUAAGGGUGAGAUUCGAGGAGCAAGUACACCAUUCCAAUUUCGGGCAUCUUCUCCAGUUGAGGAACUACUGACUAUGGAAGAUGAAGGAAAUUCUGACAUGUUGGUCGUCACUACAAAAGCUGGCCUGCUUGAGUUCAAAAUUGAGAAAACAAUGAAAGAAAAAGAAGAGCUGUUGAAGGUAACCAGUGUCCUGGAGAAGGAGACUUCGCAGCUCAGAGAGCAGGUUGGAAGCCUGGAAAAGGAACUUAGCAGUGAAAAGGAGAGAUGUGACCAGCUGCAAGUGGAAUACAAGGGUCUUGUUGAAGCAUCACAAAAUCUAAAAAUGGAAAAUGAAGAGCUUGAGAAAAAACACAGUGAAGCAGCUUCAAAAGUUCUCCAGCUGGAGGAAGAUCUUGUGACUGUUACCCAGAGAGCUAUCACAAAGGAGACUGAACUGGACAGUUUGAAAGACAAACUCAAGAAAGUAACACUUGAAAAAGAGCAGCUAGAAUGUCAGCUGAAGACCGAAAAGGAUGAGAAGGAGCUUUAUAAGGUCCACUUGAAGAACACAGAAAUAGAGAACACCAAGCUCGUCACAGAGGUCCAGACUUUAAAGAAUUUAGAUGGGAACAAGGAGAAUGUGAUUGCUCAUUACAAGGAGGAGGUGGGCUGGCUGCAGCGCUGCGUGGCCGAAAAGGAAAACCUGCAGCGAGCCUUCCUGCUGACAGCCUCAAACAAAGACGAUUCUGCGUAUCUGAAAGAACAGCUUCGCAAAGCAGAGGAACAGGUCCAGGCCACUCGGCAAGAAGUUGUGUUUCUGGCCAAAGAGCUGAGUGAUGCAGUCAAUGUGAGGGAUCAGACCAUGGCUGAUCUUCAUAGUGCCCGGCUGGAAAAUGAGCAAGUCAAAAAACAGCUGGCGGAUGCUGUGGCCAAGCUGAGAGUUGCUGUUGUGAAAAAGCAGCAGGAGAAAACAGAUCCAGUUGAGCAGGACCUGCGCAGAGAGGUGGAAGAUCUGAAGCUUCGCCUGCAGAUGGCUGCAGACCACUACAGGGAGAAAUUCAAGGAGUGCCAGAGGCUCCAAAAGCAAGUGACCCGGCUCUCCGAGCAGGCCAAAAUUGGGAACCAGCAGAAAGUAACGGAUGCCUCAAGCAACACAGAGACCAUGGCUAGCUCUCCUGUUAACAUCAAAUUGCCAGCUGCUACAGUUGGACUUGAUACAUCUGAGAUAAUAUCUGAGGUGGUGACAAAGGGGCAAGUCUGUGAAAUGACCAAAGAAAUUGCUGAGAAAACGGAAAAGUACAAGAAAUGUAAACAACUACUCUUGGAUGAGAGGGCUAAAUGUAGCAGCUAUGCUGAUGAACUUGCCAGACUGGAGCUGAAGUGGAAGGAGCAGGUGAAGAUCAGCGAGGAAGCAAAGCUGCGCCUUGCUGAAGUGGAGGACCAAUAUAAAGUUCAAUUGGUGCAGAAAGAGCAAGAAAUAAAUGAUCUGACCUCACAUUUGGAAACUCUUACCAGGGAGAAGGAGGAGGAGAAGGAGCUUAAAAGGAGACUUGAAAAUCAAGCUGAGAGAGUCAUGGAAGGUCAGAGUGCCUGGCAGUCUCAAGUGAGUGGCACCUCCAAAGAGCAAAGUGGUCUCGUGCCCUCAGUGCCAAAUAAGAGACCCGUUCUGCAGUUUGGAAAUCCCUAUGCAACCCAGGACACAAGAGAUGGAGCAGAUGGUGCUUUUUGCCCAGAUGAAAUCCAAAGGCCACCUGUAAGAACGUUCUUGUGGGAACUGGAAGACAACGUCGUCCGUAGCCAGCCGGCUCGGAACCUUAGCCGGCCUGAUGGUUUAGAAGACCCCGAAGAUGGCAACGAUGAUGAUGAGAAUGUCCUUACUGCUCCAGAACCUCCAAGCCAGCUUUUACAUGCUCAUGGGACGGGCUUUUGCUUUGAUUCCAGCUUUGAUGUUCACAAGAAGUGUCCUCUCUGUGAAUUAAUGUUCCCUCCCAACUACGAUCAGAGCAAAUUUGAAGAACACGUCGAGAGUCACUGGAAGGUGUGCCCCAUGUGCAGUGAGCAGUUCCCUCCAGACUACGACCAGCAGGGCUUUGAAAGGCACGUUCAGACCCAUUUUGAUCAGAAUGUUUUGAAUUUUGACUAGAAUGUCACUUUUUAUUAUGCAUUAUUCCAGUUUACCCUUUAAAAAAAGAUCACCUCUAAUAGUUAGACCGUAUCUGAUAAAACCUGCUGCAGCUUUCUGGCUCCUUCCACGCUGUGUGACCUGUGUACAGUGCAGUAGAAUUAGGGUCAGGGUCAGUGUUUGGCUUAUCGGCAGACAGUAAUUUAACCUGUUUCUCUCACCUGCUCUAAGAAAGAAGCUCUUUGUGUGCGUGUGUCUUUAUUUAUUCCCCGAUUAUGAACGUCGCAUCAAUAAAGGACACAGGGAUUAUUUUAAUGUGACACAGUGGUAGGUGACCUAGCUGACUGGGACUCGGUGACUGAGCAUGAUUAAAUAUUAUGUAAUAAAAAGUAUUUCUGAUAGCAGUCUUGCGGAGUAAUUCUUUGGGUAACUUGCAGAAAAUGAUAUAAUUUAUUUUAUGAACAUGGAGUUUUUUAAUCCUCUUUAGAAAUUUUGAUGCAUGUAUGAUGAGUUACCUGCUUGCAACAUAGCAAAUACCUCUUGUACAUGUGAAACGGCCUUAGGAAUUAAUCUAAGAAAGCACAUUUUGCUUUAAUCCAGUAUUUUUAUGAAUUAAAAAAUAUUAUAAUUAGAUUUAUCUGAUUAUUUUUAAGUCAGCUUACAGCUGUAUUUAUAGCUAGGGGAAAAGUGGUCUUGGCAAAACUCCAUGAUCUAAGUGAAGAAACCUCUGCACCAAACUCUGCUCGAGGCUCUGGUGUUCUUGACAUUAACUUGCAGGGGGUGUUUUUUGCAUUUUGCACACUUUUCCUUUUCAGCAUAAUUUGAAAAAUUAAGUUUCUAAUUAAGCAAUUAAAAAUGUGACAAACACACCAAAAUCAAGGUCGUGUAUUUCUUUGCUAACCAUUUGUUUCUGACUGUACAGUACUCAUUGCAUUAAAGGUAACCAGUAUUGGA